AUGAAGGGCCAAAUCGCUUUCGCUGCUCUCGCUGGUGUUGCCAUUGCGGCUCCCUCGACUCCCAACGAAGCUCCCACAGCCCUGUCCGACAACUAUGCCGUGAGAAUGUACAGCAACGGCACCAUGUCCUACGGCAACUACGAGGCUCCUCCCCAGUCUAACAUCAUUGCUGAUGAAACUUGCAAGUACCUGAAGAUGCCCGUCGGCGUUGCCUUCAACGACUGCCGUGAGUAUGCUCUCAAGGCUGCGCACCAGGCCAACACCGCCGAUGACAAGGUCCUGAACAAGUGGUUCGGCAAGUCUGAUCCUACUUCACGCGCCAAGAUUGCCGGUAUCUACGGCGAGAUUGCCAAGGAGUGUUCCACAAGCGACCGUGGUUACAUGAAGAUGUCGUGCGAAUACAUGAAGGAGUGCACUGAGAGCGGUCUGAUCUUCAUUGUCGUCAAGGGCGGUGGCAGCCUACACGCCAGCUACUGCCCUCUCUUCUUCUCGUACUGGGACAUGAAGUCCAAGGGCGAGACCUGUGCUCGUCGCAACUGGCCCCAGCAUGGCCCUGCUAUUGUUGCGCACGCUGCAGCCGUGCCUCAGGUUGCCGAUCUCGACUUUGGCAACGAGCAGGACUGGAUGCGCAGCGGUGAACGCUUUGGAAAGUUUGCCUUUGAUACCGUUGACACCUGCCAGAAGAACUCUGAACGUGUCUCUGAGAGCAUCUAA